GGGUCUUCAGGGCUGUUUCUGUCACAUAUUCUCACUUCUCUCUCCGUCUGCAGUUGCUGUUGUGCGCUGUUUCCCCCCCCCCCCUUCCUAAGUUAUCCCAGCUACACCCUCCCCAAUGGACUCGGCCCUGCUCAGCGGCGGGUCGGUCUCGGAACCGGCUGUGGUGCCGCGUCACAAGCCCCCUCUGUGAUGUCUCGGCGCUCCACGGCUGCUGUCCCGGCGCCAGACCCUUGCUGGCCGUCAUUGCUGACUCCGCCGCGACGGGAUCAGCAGCGCUUCUCGGGCUUGGACCGUCGGGGGCUGCGAAGCACAGCUUCCACGCGGAUCUCGCCUUUCAGAUUUGCCCAUCCUCUCCCCACACCCCCUCCCCCUUCCCCUCCCCGCCCGGGACUCGGCAGAGUCUGACGGGCAUCUCCUGUGUCUGUUGAACCCAGGCCGAGGCCGCCGAACGCCGAGAGAUGGCCUGGGUCGACCUGCACAGCGCGGCCGCCCGCGGCGACCUGGACCAGCUGCGGCGGCACUGGUGGCUGAAGAAGUUCUUCAUCAACAGGCGCAACGCAGACAAGCUGACACCUCUGCAUCUUGCUUGCAUAAAUGGCCAUGCAGAUGUUGUUCGAUUUCUAGUAGGCAAGAAUUGCAAGCUAAAUCCUGGUGACAAAUAUAAGAGAUCACCACUGAUGCUGGCAGUACAGCACCAGCACAGAGAUUGUGUGGCUACUCUGCUGGAGCAUGGUGCCAACCGUGCCCACAGAGCUGCUACUGGUAACACCGCCCUUCACUUUGCUGUCCUGGUGUCUAGCAAAUCUCUAGUGGAGCUGUUACUAGAGCAUGGCGCAGAUAUUGAUGUUAAGAAUGAACUGGGAUACACUCCACUUACUCUUGCCAUCACCGAGCGUUGCAAAGGGAUGAUCGAGUUCCUUCUUCAAAAAGGAGCUGACGUGAAUGCUACAGAUAAUCAUAAAAGGACCCCUAUGGAAGUUGCUGCUAUUCUUCAGGAUAAGGAUGCAGUAGAAGUUCUUCUUCGCAAUGGCGGUGUUAUCAAUAAAGAAGACACUGGAGCGUUUGGAGUUCGAGCUUUUGAAAGACUAUUUCGAGAUGAGUUUGUUGCUAAUGAAGGAGAGGAAUAUGAAUGCUCUGAAAGGAAGGGACAAUGUUCUGCCAGAGGCACAGAAGAAAUUAACAUCUCUUUCUCUGGGACAACUGCUGACAUUCUCUCAAAUACACCUGCAUUGCCAGAAUCAUGUAAGACUCUUCGCUAUCAAGGAGGUGUCUUACCAGAAGUGAGAGAAGAGCAGAAGAAAGACAAAGACUGCUCCUGGGAUUCUGAGACUGAUUCCAAAGGUCAAGGGAAAGUGUCCGCUGACCCAACGCUUCCUGCUGCAGUGGGCAAGACUUUGGAUGCGCGCUCUGUUGGAGUGGAGCACGGCAAAGGGGCCUUGCCAGCAGCAGAAGAGCAGAAGGAAGACAGUGACUCCCCCUGGGAUUCUGAGACUGAUUCCAAAGGUCAAGGGAAAGUGUCCGCUGACCCAACGCUUCCUGCUGCAGUGGGCAAGACUUUGGAUGCGCGCUCUGUUGGAGUGGAGCACGGCAAAGGGGCCUUGCCAGCAGCAGAAGAGCAGAAGGAAGACAGUGACUCCCCCUGGGAUUCUGAGACUGAUGCCAAAGGUCAAGGGAAAGUGUCCGCUGACCUGACGCUUCCUGCUGCAGUGAGCAGGAGUUUGGAUGCGCGCUCCGUUGCAGUGGAGCACGGCAAAGGGGCCUUGCCAGCAGCAGAAGAGCAGAAGGAAGACAGUGACUCCCCCUGGGAUUCUGAGACUGAUUCUGACGGUCCCUGGGAUGUGUCGAAAAAUGUGCUACUUUCUGCUGCAUUCGGCAAUAGAUUGGACGCGCGUGCUGUGUUAGUACGGAGCGGCAAAGGGGCCUUGCCAGCAGCAGAGGAGCAGAAGGAAGACAAUGACUCCCCCCGGAAUACUAAGACUGAUUCUGAAGGUCCAGAAGAAAGUGUGCUGCUUCCUGCUGCAGUGGGCAAGACUUUGGAUGCGCGCUCUGUUGCAGUGGAGCACGGCAAAGGGGCCUUGACAGCAGCAGAUGAGCAGAUGGAAGACAAUGACUCCCCCUGGGAUUCUGAGGUACCUGCUCUGGAGGAGGCAGUGAGGUCCCGCUGGAUCAAUGGCUUCUGGGCUCCUUUCCCUUUGCUGCUGCUUUUGCCACACGCUUGCACCUUGGACCUGGACAUGCCAGUGCUGCAGACCAAGUGUUCAACUGAUUCUGAAGGUCCAGAAGAAAGUGUGCUGCUUCCUGCUGCAGUGGGCAAGACUUUGGAUGCGCGCUCUGUUGCAGUGGAGCACGGCAAAGGGGUCUUGCCAGCAGCAGCAGAAGAGCGGAAGGAUAACAAAGACUUUUCCUGGGGAGAUGAUGACAUUUCCUGGCUUUUGGAGACUGAUUCCAAAGGUCAAGGGAAAGUGUCGACCAACGUGUCACUUCGUACUGCAGUGGGCAAGACUUUGGAUGCGCGCUCUGUUGCAGUGGAACACGGCAAAGGGGUCUUGCCAGCAGCAGGAGAAGACCAGAAGGAAGACAAUGACUUUUCCUGGGGAGAUGAUGACAUUUCCUGGCUUUUGGAGACUGAUUCCAAAGGUCAAGGGAAAGUGUCGACCAACUUGACACUUCCUGCUGCAGUGGGCAAGACUUUGGAUGCGCGCUCUGUUGCAGUGGAGCACGGCAAAGGGGUCUUGCCAGCAGCAGAAGAGGAGCAGAAGGAAGACAAUGACUUUUCCUGGGAAGAUGAUGACUUUUCCUGGCUUUUGGAGACUGAUUCCAAAGGUCAAGGAAAAGCGUCGACCAACUUGACACUUCAUGCUGCAGUGGGCAAGAGUUUGGAUGCGCGCUCUGUUGCAGUGGAGCACGGCAAAGGAGCCUUGCCAGCAGCAGAAGAACAGAAGGAAGACAGUGACUCCCCCCGGGAUACUGAGACUGAUUCCAAAGGUCAAGGGAAAGUGUCGACCAACUUGACACUUCCUGCUGCAGUGGGCAAGACUUUGGAUGCGCGCUCUGUUGCAGUGGAGCACGGCAAAGGGGUCUUGCCAGCAGCAGAAGAGGAGCAGAAGGAAGACAAUGACUUUUCCUGGGAAGAUGAUGACUUUUCCUGGCUUUUGGAGACUGAUUCCAAAGGUCAAGGAAAAGCGUCGACCAACUUGACACUUCAUGCUGCAGUGGGCAAGAGUUUGGAUGCGCGCUCUGUUGCAGUGGAGCACGGCAAAGGGGUCUUGCCAGCAGCAGAAGAAGAGCAGAAGGAUAACAAAGACUUUUCCUGGGAAGAUGAUGACUUUUUCUGGCUUUUGGAGACUGAUUGCAAAGGUCAAGGAAAAGCGUCGACCAACUUGACACUUCAUGCUGCAGUGGGCAAGAGUUUGGAUGCGCGCUCUGUUGCAGUGGAGCACGGCAAAGGGGUCUUGCCAGCAGCAGGAGCAGAGCAGAAGGAAGACAGUGACUCCCCCUGGGAUUCUGAGGUAGCUGCUCUGGAGGAGGCAGUGAGGUCCCGCUGGAUCAAUGGCGUCUGGGCUCCUUUCCCUUUGCUGCUGCUUUUGCCACAUGCUUGCACCUUGGACCUGGACAUGCCAGUGCUGCAGACCAAGUGUUCAGUUAAUGCUGGGACAAAGUGAGGUCAAGCUAAUGUCCUGGGUCUCCUUGCAGCUGACCUCC